AUGUACACUGAAAUUUUGUAUACUCUAAGAAACCUUUUAUUGGCAAGGAACAAAGAAGUGUCUCAAUAUUCUAAAGAGAAACAGCCAUUGAGUUCUCCGUUUCCAAUAGUGGAACAAAGAAUCGUCAAGGUAUCCGUGACAAAUCCUACUAUCAGACUGGGGGGAAUAUUUGGAAGACGACAAUUCACAGCAUACGAAAUAACAGUUCAUAUCUGGUGUCCAUUCUCUUGUAAAAUGACGAAUGUAGUCGUGCAUAAACGGUACUCCGUUCUCCGGAAAUCCUACGAAAAAUUGCAAGCAUUGUUACUAGUGACGACGCCAAAUUCACGAUUAGAUCGUGUAAGGUUGCCGUCACUUCCUGGAAAACAAAUGCAUGGCCGUUUCACUAAUCGCUUUAUCGAGCAACGGAGACGAGCACUUCAAACCUUUCUUUGGAACAUCGCACAACUAAUAACAAUAAAAGAAUUUCUACAGUUUCUGGGUGAAGAUCUUUUUGAUGAUAUGGCUUUAUCUACUACCAACCACAACAAACCAACCACCUCGUCACACAUUCUAUCCAUCAAUCCACGAAUGUACGCGGCGGCUAUCAAACGGCACCGAAGACAUCUUUGUCUACGGAAGGUGAAACCGUUUCAAGUCAUCGCCGAAUUGAGAUUUGAUGGGUAA